AAGUCGCAGCCAAGAGGCUUUGGAAAAUCGUCCGCAUAGUCUUCUGUGUUUUAAAAACCGGUACAGUCAAAAGCAAGCUCAUGCUUGACUUAAACCUAAUGCUUAAGAGAGGUAACAAAGCCAUCACUAACCUCCGCCGACGAUCAAGCCCCACCGGCGGUUCUGACGUCAGCUCCACACGCGUCCGUGACUACGACCCUUUUGCCUUUAUGUCCAAACGCAAACGCCGCGUCCAUGGCGGUUAUGACAACGAAGAAGAUGCGGUGGAGGCAGCGGUUAAGAAAGUUUUUGAGUUAAUAGGAGAGAAUGAUAGGAAGACGGUGGCGGCAGAAUCGGCCAGAGAGUCGCCGCUGAUAAUGUCUCCGGCAGUGAGACAGCUUAGGGUGACGGAUUCGCCGUUCCCGUUAGACGACGGCGGAGAUCAUGAUCAUGUGGUGGAUAAAGCCGCAGAGGAGUUUAUAAAGAAGUUUUAUAAGAACCUUAAGCUGCAAAAGAAGAUGGCUAACACGCUAGAGUCGCCGAACCACGAUGGAUGGGUUAGAUGAUCCAAGCGUUUAGAGACCAACGCAAUUUGUUCACUUUGUGGGGGUUGGAUUGCAAAAGAAAAACAUAAGGGGAAAAUUGAGAAUACAUGUAUAAAUGUUGGGGUUGGAA